UACAAUUUGUAUCAAAUAUGAAAGAGAGCUAUGACAAUUGUUGCACCUUCGCUGGCAAUAAUCGCAAGAUGAAGAAGCCGGAGAAGAAGCCAUCGAAGGUGGCCAUUCUCAAGAAGAUGCCGCCAAAGCCGCAGAAGACAGCACGUCUAUUCCAGCCGAAGGUGGAGAGGAAGCCCAAUUCGAGCAUUGCAUUGCCUGCUCCCAAAAGGAACCGGGUGCAGGACAUCAAGGGGGCAGAUCCUGUUGUGCCAGGAAUUGUACCAAUACAAAAGAGCAUGCUUGGCGAAACUGGACUCAAUCGAUCUGGUGACCGACUCCUUGACCGCCGAUCCCGAUCGAAUCGCACUGGCGUAAAGGCAGUGGACAAACGCAAUGGAGCCGGGGCCCACAACUGGGGAUCGCUGCAGGAGGAGAUCGACUUCCGCCCGAAGGCCAAUUCGCGUGUCCUCGACAGGAUGAAGUUGUCAAAGCUAUCGAGUUUCGCUAAUAAGGACGAGUCAUCGGAGGAGCCCCAGCAAUAUACACUCGACGAGUGGCGUGCCAUGCAAGCCCAGAAAAAGCAGCUUUCGAAGGAGUUUAUAAUGGGGAAUUUCGGUAAAAAGGAAGAGGGGAAAGGCGAUUCUGGAGAAACUGGAGGAGCCCAUGGGCUAGAGAAAACUAACCAUCCCAAAGGAUCCAAGGAACCAGGAGAAACCGAAACGGCCGAAGCAUCUGGAGAACCUGAAGGAUAUGGAGAAUCUGGAGGAUCUGGAGAAUCUGGAGGAUCUGGAGAAUCAGGAGAAUCCGGAGAGCUUGAAGAUGAAGGCGAGGUAAUAUCCGGUGACCGCCAGCUCUACGUGGUUGAUAUCCUGUUAAAUUUCCAUACAGAUCAGAGCAUUAUUUCAUUAUAUUAA